UUUUCUCCACUUGGCGAUUAUUCACGAGGAAAAAGCCCUGAGCCUGGAGGUGAUCCAGCAGGCGGCCGGGGACCGUACUUUCCUGAACUUCCAGAACAACCUCAGCCAGACUCCUCUUCACCUGGCAGUGAUCACCGAUCAGCCUGAAAUUGCCGAGCAUCUUCUGAAGGCUGGAUGUGACCUGGAAAUCAGGGACUUCCGAGGAAACACCCCCCUGCACAUUGCCUGCCAGCAGGGCUCCCUCCGGAGCGUCAGUGUCCUCACACAGUACUGCCAGCCGCACCACCUCCUCCCUGUCCUGCAGGCCACCAACUACAACGGACAUACGUGUCUCCAUUUGGCAUCUAUUCAAGGGUACCUGGCUAUUGUCGAAUACUUGCUGUCCUUGGGAGCAGAUGUGAAUGCUCAGGAGCCAUGCAAUGGCAGAACGGCACUACAUUUGGCUGUUGACCUGCAGAAUUCAGACCUGGUCUCGCUUCUGGUGAAACACGGGGCGGAUGUGAACAAAGUGACCUACCAGGGCUAUUCCCCCUAUCAGCUCACGUGGGGAAGAGACAACUCCAGCAUACAGGAACAGCUGAAGCAGCUGACCACAGCCGACCUGCAGAUGUUGCCAGAAAGUGAGGACGAGGAGAGCAGUGAAUCGGAGCCUGAAUUCACAGAGGAUGAACUUAUAUAUGAUGACUGCCUUAUUGGAGGACGACAACUGGCAUUUUAAAGCAGAGCUUUCUGUGAAGUGACUGUGUACAUACGUAUAGAAAAAGGACUGACUUUCUUUAUUUGAAAAGAAAGUCGCCAUGUGGAGGGAAAAACCAAGAGGGAAAUAUUACACUGCCCAGCAAGGAGCACGUAAUUGUAACAGGACGAGGUUCUGGCCUGUGUUUAAAUACAGGAGUGGGAUGUGUAACAGCAGUAGAGAUCUGUGAUUAUUCACACCACCUGAUAAAGAGCCACGUAGCCAACCUUCUCAACCCUACAAAGGUAACAGACUACACAUCCAACCUGCUAGCUACAGAGAACUAUCUUGUGGCGUUAAGUACGGCGAGGAAUGCGUGUCCUCUCACGGCAAGGCAGGCUCAAACCGACAUCCCAUCCUCUUGGAGACUGUGUGUUGAUUUGCGUUGGGCUGGUGGCACUCCUUGGCCAGACUGACCAACCUCAGCUGCUCUCGGUGGGGCAUCCCAGGCGGAGGAGUGGAACCAAGGGACGGGUGACCUGGCUGUUAGGAGAAAGUAGCAAUAAUGUUAACUGUGGGCAUUGGAAACUGUGUGUUUCACACCAUGUGUGUCAUAAUUGCUACACUUUUUAGCAAUUG